AUGAAUAAAGGCCCUAAAUACACCAAAAUUCAUUAUGGAAAAUUCUUCCUAUUUUCCCUAAUGAUACUAUUUUACACAAUGCAUGUUGAGGCACAGGAGGAUGAAUACUGGAACAUGGGUUUAGGAGAAAGAGCUGCAGAGUUCGGAUUAGGAUACGAAGAACAUCAAGUGACUACUGAGGAUGGUUAUAUAUUGACCUUAAUGAGAGUUCUACCAGGCCCUGAAAGCUCACAAGUUGGAGGUAAUCAGCCAAUAUUGUUAUCUGCUCCCUUUGGUCAAGCUGGUGAAUCAUUCGCCACACUUGAUUCAAUUGACUCUCCUGCUUUUUAUCUUCCAAAUGAAGGAAUGGAUACUUGGUUAUUCAAUAUGAGAGGUUCAUCACUUAGUCGCGAGCAUGAGACCCUUGACUCACAUACAGAUGAUGAAUACUGGGACUUUUAUUUAGACUCAAUAAGAUAUGAUUAUAUGGCUUGUGUACAGUUUAUCCUUGAUACCACAGGUUUUUCUACAAUGCCAGUAUUUGCAAUGUCGUUUGGAGCAGCUACUUUUACGACUUCAUUAGCUCUUGAACCAGAAUUCUUCUCUUCAAGAAUAUCGAUAGCAAUAUUGGCAGUCCCAGCUCUUAAUUUAGGCCACACAAAUACUCUCCUAUAUGCUUUCCUUGGAGAUUAUCCAUUCGUCCUCGAAUCAUUAAGGAGGGCAGGAAUAAAUGUACUCCGAGAAGACAACCCAGUAAUCUCUGAUAUUCUCUACAGAGUUUCUAGCUUCUUAGAACCUCUCACUUUCGAAAUCGGUGGUGUUUUCAUGGGAGAGAAUGCGCCAUCUCUUCUCGACCCUGAUGGUGCUAGCUUCCUUGCUGCUAAGGCUCAAAACGGAGUUGGUAAUAGAGUUAUGCAACACUUAUUCCAAAGUACUCGGUCUAAUGAUCUCACUUACUUUGACUAUGGAACUGAAGAAAACCUUGUAGUAUACGGAACAGAGACUCCUCCUGAAAUCCCAUUAGAAAACAUCAAUAUUCCAAUCGCUUUAAUGUUUGCCGAGGAAGACAGCACUAUCACCGAGCCAGAUCAGCAAUGGGCCAGAGAAAAGCUGGCUGACAACGUCGUCUUUGAUCAUGUCUACGAAGGAUAUUCCCACAUAGCAUUCUUGGGCGGAGUCAGAACUGAAGACUUCUUGGAUGAUAUACUCGAAAUCACUGAAAUGUACCCAGCAACCACUGCUAAUGAAAGAUAAUUAACUUCUCAUUUGGUGCACUUAUAAAUCUCAAUUUUA